AGUCUUUUCACAUUACGAUUGAUGAUGGCAUCUUGGCCAUUUCUUAUCAGGAUCUUACUUAUUUCGACAACAAGACCUCUGUGUCUAUUCAUGCGAGCCAUAUCGACUAAGACAUCACUUCUGUGUCAUCAUAUCUCCGAUGCUACCCCCGCUCCAAGAUCAACAUUCCCCAACCCGAGAGAUCGGAGAGGAAGAGGCUAAAGCGGGCCACGUAACAUCAGACCAGGCCCGAGACCCAGAUCGUGGAGACCAAGAAGAACAGGGGCUAGCAGAUAGACCGCCGUCGACAUCACCAACACGAGCUUCAAGUCGCAUCGAACCCGACAUCUUUGACAACGAUGACCUCGACGAUGAGCUCUACCCAGAAUCAACAAACACGAGCUAUUUAACGUCAAUUGCGUCAGAUAUCCGACGCGGCAUUCAAGAAAACGGACGAACUUAUGGCGUUUAUGGCCUGCACAAAGCUUGGAUCCCUAGUGAUGAUCUCGAGGUUGAGCGCAAUGAUCUCCAGCACUGCAAAUUCACGAUGCUCAUGGGCAACGAGCUUCACCUGGCCCCUAUUGUCGACCAUCCGCAAAAGAUCCUUGAUCUUGGUACUGGAUCAGGUAUUUGGGCGAUCGACAUGGCCGAACAAUACCCAUCAGCUAAAGUUAUUGGCGUCGACACAACUCCGGUUCAGCCUAACGUGAUACCGCCCAACUUAGUUUUCGAGAUUGACGAUGUUGAAGAUGACUGGCUCUGGGGCGAAGGAACUUUCGAUCUCAUCCAUGGCCGAGAGCUGAUCAUGGCCAUUCGCAACUGGCCUCGUCUGAUGGAGCAAGCUUUCAACCAUCUCAAACCCGGCGCUUACUUCCAGCUCUCGGGUUCAGUUCCCGACUUCAAAUCCGACGACGGCACACUGCCCCAUGAUUCCGCUUACAUCGAGAUGGGCAAGAUCUACUUUGAGAUGUCGCAGCGCAUUGGUUGUUCAGGCUGGGAACCGACUCGUUGGAAGGAAUACUUUGAAAAUUUCGGCUUCGAAGAUGUUGUCGAACGCGUCCUCAAGAUACCUACGAAUCCUUGGCCCAAGGACAAGCAUCUGAAGGAGAUUGGAGCGUUUGAGCUUUCGCAUUUUCGAGAUACCAUUGGAAACGUGUUUGCUCGUGGGUAUGAGCAAAUCCUCAACGGUGAUCCGAAUUACUUCCAAGUACUACUGGCCAAGGCUCGAAAGGAGGUACUAAAUCCAAACAUGCACAGUUGGGUUCCAUUCUACGUUGUAUACGGCCGGAAACCAAGGAGUUCAACUACAGAUCAGCCACUACAUCAAAAGUCCGUAUCUCCCGACACUUAAAUGACUAGCUGGGAGGACUGGGUUAAAUUGAGCCAAAGCAGAGCAAGGGGCGGACAACAGGACUUGUAACAAUAGCGCAGCGAUAUAGUCCAUGGCUUAACGAAUGAUUCCCAGCCUACAAAUUUCUAUUUCUGAAUACUUAUCCUGUCUGGCCUGUAUGCAUGAUGCAGUCUUCAAGAUCGAGCAUCUGAGGCUUUCGUAUAGUCUCAAG